AUGCUGGCGGACCCCAUAGCCAAGCUGUCGCUGUACAGGCAGGGGCUGGGCUUCGUGCUGGGCCUGCUGCCCUACUUGCAGGGCUACGCGGGCGCGUUCUUCGCGAUACCCCUGGUGCGCGCGCUGGUGGACGGGCGGCGCAACAAGGAGAUCGAAGGGCGCAACGACGCGCGGCUGCAGGCAGUGGAGCUGCUGCAGUCGGGCGGGGACCGCGACCUGGAUGAGAAGCUGGCAGCUGCCCGGAAGCUGGGCGGCAGCCGCGUCAUCGGCCGGCAGGACGUGGUGUACACCACAGAGCAGGGCACCGCCGAGCAGUUUGACCGGAUGGAGGCGGAGGAGUUUGACCGGAAGCUCGGCAGGCAGCAGCAGCAGCAGCGGCGGCAGGAGCAGCGGCAGCUGCCGGAGCGGGGGUCGGAGCGGCGUAUCGACGACGUGUUCGGGCGGCGGCGGGAGCGGGACGCGCAGUACCAAGCGGAGGAGCGGGGGCGGGGGCGGAUGGGGGGGCGGCGCGACGACUGGGAUGACCUGGACAGGUGGUGA